AUGUUUCUUAGAAAUUUUGAACCUCCUAAGGCUGUUCAUAUGGAAACUUGGUUUCUUUCUGUUUUUGGAUGUCCUUAUAAUAGCAUAAUUGAAGGAGGUUUAGGUGUAGCAGCAUCAGGAUAUGGUGCAGGUGGAUGGGUUAACUUCUUUAACACUGCUGAUAGACAAGAUGUUGUUGACUAUAUUCUCACCGAGACCCUUACAAGACCUGCUGACUUUUUAGAUCACCCAAAUUAUCCUCGUGCUCCAUCAAUCAUCAGAAAAAUAGAUGAAUGCGAGCAAAACCUCACAAACUUACAAAACCAAAUGGUGAGCCAGCAAACUAAUAUUGCGGAUCUUCAAACACAAAAUACAAACCUACAAACUCAAGUGACUAAUCUCCAGAAUCAAGUAACAGAUCUUCAAAAUCAACUCCAAACUCAUCAAAGUGGAAAUAACUUUAUGGCUGAGACACUCAUUUUGGCACUUCUCAAAUACAAUGGACCGAGUCUAAUUGUUUCAAAUCCACUUCUUCGUGGUUGGUAUGAAGCAAGAAAAAAUGGUGGUGGUGGUGGUGGCAAGUGUGGUAUCGGUGGUGUUGGUGAUGGUAAGAAUGGUGACGGCAAAAACGGUGACGGUAAAAACGGUGCGGAUGGUGCAGAUGGUGCAGAUGAAACCCCUCCCUGUCCAGUAGUAAUUCCAUGCCCAGAGCCAGUGGUUUGUAAUAUAGCAAAAAUUCAAAUUCAAUUGAAUUCAACCAUAAAAAGUUUGGAUGAAUGCAAAAAACAAAAGGACCAAACCAAUGAUGACCUCAACGUCUGCAAGUCCCAUAAAGAUGAGAUACAAGAUUGGCUCACCGACUGUCAAAAAGAAUAUGUUAAACAAACAAGUCAUUCAUCCAAAGAUGAUACUCUAAUUUCUCUCAGAAACUGCCAAGCCGAAUACAGAAAAGAAACAUUCAAAAAAGAUAAGCUCUGCCGUGGUUUGUCCAAACAUAUCAUUGGUUAUUUAGAUUUCUGUGAAGAUAAGGUAGAAAAGCUGAGACUCGCUAAUUGUGAAUAG